UAAAAGCAGGGAAACAACAAGAGGAAACCACAGGCAGGCUGUUGCUCGUAGUUUCUGCUUUCUGUCAAGCUGGUGCUGAUCCCUCAUGGUAAAGGUCACAAUUAUGUGCCCCCUUCCAUUUCUCCUCCAUCCCUUCCUGCUGCCACCAUCCUCCCCUCUGAGCAGCAUUUAAUUGUGAGGGGCUGAGCCGGGGGAAAGGAGUAAUCAGAUGAGAACAGAGGUGGGGGCAGUCACAUGGGUACACAUUCACUAUCCGGGGAUUAAUAAUUCUGCCGACUUGAUUGAACUUCAGCCUGUUCUCCCUCCCUGGUUAAAUCUGAGGUGGAGUUGUCGGGGAGGGGAGGCAAAAACAGUGACACAGGCAGAAGGGAGGGAAAGAAAACGAGAGAGUUGCAAGGACGAUAAGGGCUUCUCAGAUAAGAACAGAGAGGAGGCAGAGAUAGGGAAACAGAGCAGAGAGAGAGAGAGAGAGAGAGAGUGGGAGGAAGAAAGAGUGAGGAAAGAAGGCAGCGCAGUGCAGUUCAGGAGGGGAGGGGGGAAGAGAGAGAGAGAGGGAGAGAGGGAUGGAGAGACAGGAAGCCUCUGCUGCUACUCUGUGCCAGUGAGAUGCAGGCAGGCGGAGAGGGAAGAUGGAGCGAAAGGGGCCCCUGGCAUCUCCGAGACUCAACCCAGGGAGAGGGUGAGGGGGCUCAGGAGCAAAAAACAACGGAGGGAUCAGUGGGAGGAGAGGCUGAAACAUAGAGGAACGAAAAGAGGCUGGGCGAUGAAAUCAUAAACAGGGAAGAGGGUGGGCCCAAACUGAGGAGUAGAGUGGUGAAGGUGGGGGGCUGACUGAAAAAAAAGAAAAGUUUUUCCUGGAGAAACAGAGGAGCAAACAUCAGAGCAGAUAAAGCUUCUGUUAAUGGCAAAGGUAGGAGGAGGUUCAUGGAAGAAGAGGAGGAAGCUGCUCGAGUCUCAGGAGUCCUCCGGCUCCUCUUCGGUUUCUGAGGCUGCCGGACGUCGCCCAUCAAAAUGUUCUCGGACAGCCACGCCACGACGCCCGGGGAGCAGAGGGGUUUCAAGCCGCACGCCCCUCACUUCAUCCCGUGGCUGCGCAACAGUCUGAAAGCUCAGCACGGCGGCGGCGGUGACCUGGGCCUCAACGGGCCGCGCAAAUCCAACUCUGAGGCCCGCGACGCCCUGACCCCGCUGGGGAGGGCCAAGGGGAUCGGGUUCUUCUCCAUCCAAGGGAAGGAGCGAGCCAAGAAAGGGGAGCUUCGAUGCAACGGCAUCGGGAUGCUGCCGGUGGUGCUGAGGGGGCACCACAUCCUGCCAGGGAGUCUGGGGAAGCAGAAGGAGCACGCUCCCGCCAGGUGGGACAAGGCCAAACAUGGAGACCCCAACACACAGCCGGAGGAGGGAGGAGGGGACGGCUCUUCCACCACUUUGUACGACAGCGUCACGAAGAACCACAGCGGCAAGGCGAGCCUUCAGAAGGUGAAGGAUGACACGACAUCCACCGGGAAGUACGGGCCUUUAGUGGGACCCCCUCCGACCCCAGUCCCCGCUCUGCUGGCUGAAAGGCCCGACUGUGAGGUGCCUGUUGUGGUGUGCGUGGAGGACGGCGAGGGGAGGGCGUGGGACUACAGCACCUACCGAAAGAGAGACCUCCACUCCUCCGGCUGGCUGGGCUCGGACGCCCAGCACAGCUUCAGCUACAUCAACAGACACAGGAGCUCGCAGAGUCAGCGGGACCUGAGGGAGGGAGCCCUCAACGGACCCCUGAACGGACUCAUCUUCUCCGCCGAGAUCCCCCACAGAGGCCUGAGCUGUACCACGUCUCUGAGAGGCCCGAGGACACCCAGAACCACCUCGGAGCACGUCGCGGUCCUGGGUCAGAACCAAACGUGGGUGCAGCGCAGGCCAAACACGGAGGAGGACCCCCCGAGGAAGGGGGCGGUGUGCACGAGAAAGGUGGUCCGAAACCAGAUCAAACGAGUGAUGGACAACCUGGAGCAGGUCCUCGUCUCUCUGAGGGACAUCCAGCAGGAAAUGAAGGAGGUGGUGCAGCAGAUUGACUAUUUAACCUCCUCUAUUGAUUUGGACGAAGAGGAGGAGGAGGAGUGGAGGACCAGAGGAGACACUAAGCCUCAAAGCGACAGGAGCUACAGUUCUGGUUCCAGCUCCACUGAGGUCACAGUGAUCCACCAGAGGCCUCCAGGAGCUAAAACCCAGCCAGGACCCAUGGAGCCGUGCGGCUUCGUCAGCAGAGAUCAUCACGGCAGAAGCUGGUCUCCACAGAAUGCACAUCUGACCUCGAUCAGCUCGGGAGUUUUGUCAGAAAGGACUCGGACGCUUCGUCUAACGUGUGGUUCUGUGUCCACUUUGAGAAAAGGUGGGCCGCAGCAUCUUGCAAAUACCCUCCCCCCAUCAGAUCCGCCUCCGAUUCCAACCCUCCCCACUUAUGAUCACGUUCUGUCUCCCAGAAGAAGCAUUCCGAACCGACCUCCCACUCCUGGUCUUUCCCCUCUAACAGUGAACCUCCAUCACCCAGGCAGUCCCAGCUCACAGCCUCACUCUCCGGGUGGGGCCUCCUCUAUCAGGAUCUGCACCGUCUCCCCUGCCUCCCCCUUAUCCCCAAAGCCUUAUCCACCCCCUGCGCUCAGCCCAUCUGUCAUCAUAGAGACCAAAGUCAGAUCAAAUCAGACCCCACAACGCGAUCUCCCAUCUGCUGGUCUGCUGUCACCAUCCCUGAGCCCCCCUCAGUCUCGAAGCUGCCCACCCACCAAUUCAGAGACUCAGACCUCAUCUCUGGACGACCGAGAGCGCCGAGCAUCCUCAGUGGGACCCUCGCAUGUUAGCCAGCCCCCCGCGACGCGAGGCCGCAGAGGUCGCAAGCCUCCUCCGUACCCCCACAGCGGGCUCGCCGAGCCCACCAAGAAAGUCAAGGAGCCCCGCAAAGCUCCUCCGUACCCCGAGAGGAGACGGCUGCUGUCAACCAUCGUGUGAGACGACGCAGCAAGGAACAGUGGGAGGCUGGAUCGAACAGAGCCACGUAUCAGCACCGGUCACAUGUCUGCAGGCGUGUGCGUGUGUGCGUGUGUGUGUGUGUGUGUGUGUGUGUGUGUGUGGAGGGGGGUGAUUUAAGGCGAUUUAAGGCUCGGCAAAGUUGAGCCCAGCUCAAGUUUCCAAGGUGACGGGAUGCAGACACAACCUGGGUCAGGUCAGGAUCUGAAUGUGAGCAAGUCCUGUUCUGACCCCUGAGAGAGCCUGGGAGGUGACACCAGGGGACCGCUGCUCCCGCCGAGCAUCUCCUCAAAACCAGAGGCUCAUCUCCAGACACCGAAAAGGGCACAGAGCCAGAGCAGGAGGAGGAAACAUGCGCUCCCACUAAUGACGUGAAUGUCAGCACCGUCCUUGCUGAGGGGAAAGGAGGCGUGUCAAAGUGUGCUCCGCAUCGCAGACGACCACAUCAGACUGAGUCCGGACAUUAACCUUUUCCACCAAAACGUCAUGUAGCAAAAAAAAAAAAAAAAAAAAAAAAAGACAACUGCAACGGUACAAACAGAAGCUUGAUUUCUCUCUGGCUUUGCAUUAAAUUGGUACCAGCUGGGAUGCAGCCAAAGCCUUUGUUAGAGGAUAAAGAAUGUAAAAGUGCAGAAAAACAUCCUGUAACAGGUUUCCAUAGGGACAAUGAAGUGGUAUUAUUAACAUUAGAGCAGAGGAUGGGAGGUAAAGCCAGCGAAGUGCAGGAGGCAGCGUGGUUUAUUAGGUGGUCAGGGACACUCUGUCUGUUGGGUAACAAUGUGAAAUAAAAGACUUUUCAUAUAAAAGAUCCUAUUAAGGCUACAGAUAUUUAGUAGCAGACGCUAUAGCACUUUGUCAGGUGAUAAAAUGAAUACUUGUGAAAAAGACACCAUAAAGUUUGUGCUUUUAUAUUUUUGUGUAAAGAAUAUUUUCAACUAUUAGAAACAAGAAACUACGUUUGAGGACUGAACAGCGUAUAUUUUGAUAAAUGAAGACAUUUUUAAAGAGAUGCUUUAACAAUCGUUGAUGAGAUUUCUUGUUAAAAAAAACAAACAGCUGUUACAAAAAUAAAAAUGUCACAAAAGGUU